GAUUACGAAUGGAGGAUAUAGUAAUUGGUGUUGAUUGCUUGAGUUAGGGUUAUAAUUCUUUUUAAAUACCUAAAUAAGCUAUUUUCAAUGUUUAAGAUGACUGCCCACGACCAGAUUCGAGCGAUGUUGGAUCAGUUAAUGGGAACAGGAAGGAAUGCACUCACGGAACAAAGAGGGACAGCACAACUAACAUGAAAAUAUAUAGAGCUGUAGCAAACCGUGAGAAUAACAAAUUCCAAGUGAAGUUCUCUGACCAAAAGGUUUGCAAGAGCUUUCUUCUUGGAUGUUGUCCGCACGAGAUCCUCUCAUCCACGCGCAUGGAUCUUGGUGAAUGCCCCAAAAUUCAUGACUUGGCAUUGCGUGCUGAUUUCGAAAAUGCAAGUCGUACCAAGGAUUAUUUCUACGACAUUGAUGCCAUGGAGCACCUGCAGGCCUUCAUCGCGGACUGCGACCGCCGCACGGAGCUGGCCAAGCAGCGGCUGGCGGACACGCAGGAGGAGCUGUCCGCGGAGGUGGCCCAGAAGGCCAACAAGGUGCACGAGCUGGCCGAGCAGAUUGGCAAGAAGCUGGCGCGCGCCGAGCAACUGGGCGCAGACGGCUUCGUCGAGGAGAGCAUGAAGCUCAUGGAAGAGAUAGAGGACCUGCGAAAGAGAAAGGUGUCGGCAGAGAGCGAGUAUCGCAACUCGAUGCCGGCCAGCAGCUACCAGCAGCAGAAGCUUCGCGUAUGCGAGGUGUGUUCCGCGUACCUGGGCAUCCAUGAUAACGACCGCCGAUUGGCCGAUCACUUCGGGGGCAAGUUGCACCUCGGCUUCAUCAAGAUCCGCGAGAAGCUGGGCGAGCUCGAGAAGACGGUGGAGGAGCGGCGGCAGCAGAAGAAGCAGGACGCGCGAGACCGUGAGAGGGAGAGGGACCGCGAGAGGGAGCGCGAGAGGGAGGACCGGGAGCGCAGCCGGCUCCGGGACCGGGAGAAGGCGAUGCUGGGCAGCACGAGCCGGGACGAGCGGGAGCGAAGCCGCAAGCGCAGUGGCAGCCGUGGACACGGCACCAAGCGCUCGCGCUCGCGUAGCAAGUCCCACAGCUCCAGGUCGCACAGGUCUCGCAGUGGGAGUCGUGGCAGACAGGCCCGCGCUCAGCGCUCGCGCUCAGGGGAAAGGCGCCGCGACCGCUCCCGGGACACCAAGAAGGAAAGAUGAGCUCCGUCAACCACAUCCACGUCUCUGUGUUAACCCUCUGUCUGUUUCUCUGUACAAGUCUCCUCUCCGCUAGCAGCACACACCUUUUGUAAUAUACGUGUAUGGAAACUAGGUAUUGUGUUGGUGGAUUUGAUUGACCGGCAAGUGUAUUAUUGUAUGUGCUCACUUUGGUGUCGUAAUAAAAAACAUUAUAAAUUC